AAUAGUAGUGCUUUAGAACACUCCCCCCACCAAAUAAACUGUUUCCAGUCAAUCUGACAUUUUCAAAGCGCUAAAAUGGCAAACGUGCGCUGUUUGCAGAAACUAUUUCGUUUACAGAAGCUCCUGCUGCCCCUUCAUGCACAGACCUGUCACCUGGCCUCCCUGCACAGACAGCUGCCCCUGGCUGCUGCAUCUCUGGCGCGCGGCUAUGCCAAAGAUGCCACGGACAAGACCACCGGCAGCACCAGCUUGGAGGACUUUCGGGCACGCGAGGAACAGCUGGAAAGGGAGCGGGAUGCGGCGGAGGAGGCGGCAGCAAAAGCCACACAAAAUGAGGCCGGUAGUGGGGGAGCAGGAGGAGCAGGUGGCAAGCAGCAAGAGUCUGCAGAGCAGAGCGCUAAGCAGGCCAAGGUGGAUGCCAUACGCGACAAGAUACUCGAUGCGGCCCUGGAGCAUGUGCCACAGCACGGCUGGACAAGGCAGGCCAUUGUCCUCGGUGCCGAGCAGUGCGGCUACCCCAGCGUGGUCCAUGGCAUGUUCCCGGAAGGUGGUUUUGCCCUCGUCUCCCACUUCAACGGCAGGUGCAACGCGCAGCUGGUGCAGAGCUUGAAGGAGAAGACGAGCAAGGGCCAGCAGGAGGUCGAGAAUCCGCUCGACUUCCUGGUGCAGGCGGUGCGUCAGCGUAUGGAGAUGAUUGCCCCGUACAAAGCUCAAUGGCCGCAGGCGAUGUCACUGAUAGCACAACCGCAGCACGCGUCGACGGCGCUGGCCCAGGUGCUCACCCUGGUGGACGACAUCUGCUACUACUCGGGCGAUCGAUCCGUGGACUUUGGCUGGUACACGCGGCGCAUUGGCUUGGCGACCAUCAUGAAGAUGACCGAACUGUACCUGUUGCAGGACACCUCCGCUGGUAACGUCCAGACGUGGGAGUUCCUCAAGAACCGCAUGGACGAGGCCGUUCAGCUGCAAAUGGCCCUCUCCCAGACCGAGGGCAUGACGCACACGUUUCAACGUUCCUUCAACUCGGCCUUCAUAACGGCACGGAAUAUACUCGGCCUGGGAUUUAAGCGAAAUUAGCCCCGAGACCUGUUGCCUCACGCAGUCCAAAGAAGGAAUGGGAAUCCUUUGGCAGCCAUGGAUCCUCUCCCAUUCAACGAUCUACACUUAUAUUAUACCUUAACUCUACAUGUUUAUAAGUACAUAUACGUACGUCUUUCUUUCUACAA